CUGUCCUUUGUUGCUCUCGUCUUUACCUUGCGACUCUUUUAUUUUGCUAUACUAACCUCGACUAUAGUUCUAGUGUGUCGCUCUCCUUUUAAGUUCGCGAUCCGCUCCCUUACCUCGCUGGCGGAUUCUCGAUACCUUUUACGAAACUCACCCCUCUGUGUGCGAUUCCUCUUUGAAUGACGCACCCGACAACCUCUCUGGUGUUUGGCCACCGUACUUUCUCAUACCAUGCCAACGAAUGCUUCUGUGCCCAUUAAACCCACCGAAAUGGUCUCUCAAGCCCAAGUGCUUGAUCGCUCCUUACCCCCGCAAAGUGCCCCGUCAUCCGUGUCGCGUCACUCGCAUUCGAGUCGGCGACAUCGCUCGAGUCGCUCUCACCACGGUGGAUUGAUUCACCAGCCUCAGAAUGACUUCCCGGUCUUCACUCACACUGGCGAUGUCGAGCUAGUUAUUCGCGCUGGUCGCCAGGAGAAUCGAUACCUUCUACAUCGCCUCAUACUCGCGCAAUGCUCUGGCUUCUUCGAGACUUCUACCCAGGAGGAGUGGUCGCGACAGGCUGUCGCGAUCCGGCCGUCCAACCAUCCGGAUACGAGCACCUUGUCCAGAAUCAGCGAGGAUGCUUCAUCGCUGUCCAACGGCUCCACCUUGGCACCCUCCGACACCGGGACAACUCAAUUCUCGCCCGAGAAGAGACGAUGGCGAUUUGAACUAGAUUGGGAAAACAAAGGGGAGGAUGAGGAGCCGAUACUGGUUCAGAAACCUCCCAGUACCACUGGAGCAAUCGCUAGCGAAUUUGGCCCAUAUGCACCGCCAAUUACCAAACCAUCAAGCACGCAUACUGGAUUCGCCCGUUCUAUGGCAAACCUGGCCGGUCUUCAAUCCGUUAUCCAUCUGCCACAUAGGUCGAGUGCGGUAGCGGCGGCUGCAGCAAACACGCACACGGCCAAUGAGAGGACGAUGGACCCCAUACUCCGUGACUAUGACAACCUGUUCCGGCUCUUCUAUAACCAUCCACCAAUGCUUAACAACAUCAACAUCGCUACUGCAUAUGCAGAAUGCAAGUCCCUUCUAGCCCUGGCGGAUAUGUACGAUGCCCUACCCGUUACUGGUCCGCGCGUGGACCAUCACCUUCUCGGCUUCGGAUCCCGACUCUUCAAACAAAUCGCCAAAUAUCCGCCAAGCUACCUCAAACUAGGGUACCUUGCGCGAAGUCGUGUCAUCUUCUCUGAGGCCCUUAUUCACGUCGUAGGCCAGUGGCCUGCAGGGCAACCGCACCUGCGCAGCGGACCUUACUCCCCGCUUCCCCCUGUUGUGCUGGACAUUAUUGAGGACAAAUUUGAGGAUCUCGAGGACCUCAAGGCGCGCAUUGACUCCAAGCUCCUCCGCCUUACGCUCACCACGUCUCGAGGGGAGCGUGUCAGUCCCCAGAACGCCUACCUGGACUGGCUUGCUGUUUCGCUGUUUCGGCAGUGGCUUGUUGAUAGCACGACCCCACCACCCCCAUCAAUCCUUAAGAACAACGCUCACUCCGCAGACCGCGCUCAUACCACCCGGGCGGUAUCCACGGCGACACCUUCGACUCCCUCUGCACCCCGACCGACAAACCCUGCAUCUACGGCCACGACAGCAGUCUCUUCUGCGAGUGUCUACCGUCUCAUUGGUUCCUCAUCGACACAAGCCUACCUCUCGCAUGAAGAUGUCAAAAAGUUCCUCAAGGUCCACCCGACACCGUCGUCGGAGUCGCUCUACACGCGUGAAGUGCUCAAGCGCUUCGAGCGCAAGAUGGACGAAAUUAAACGGCUGGCCCGUGAAAUUGUAAAGCCGCUCAUGCGGAAUUUUCUCGAAUUGGAUCUAAAGGGAGGCGAAUUUAGCGACACCAUUCCUUACCUGACUUGCAUUAAGAUUGAAGACGAAGAUAUCCCUUGGGAAUGAUUUAUGACUGAUAUGACGCCACUCGAUACCCAGAGUCUUCUUAUUUUCCCGCCCCUUCAUGACUUAUGACCCCAGAUAUGAUUGCGCUUUUUGUUGGAUUCUAUAUUAUCAUUUCUUAUCUCGGAUUUUGUUUUAUUUUCUUCUUCUGAACACGACAGCUACGUCAAUCUGAUGAAGUGAUGAAUGCUUUUGUUUGUUAUUGUUACUUUGGGGUCUUCCUCUGACCCUUCCUGUACCACUUUGAAAAUAUUGGCGGUAACUAUCAUGUUGGUAUUAUUGUACCGGGUUUAUUCUCUAAGCAGCUCAGAGGAAAUGUACAGGAUACUCGAAAGCUACCGGUAUUAGUUAUUGGGCUGCAGAAUGGCAGGGCUAAUGGUAUGAGUUUGAAUGCAGGCUACCUGCACAGCUUACAGGCUGAGUGAGGCAUCAAGGCAACCCAGCAGGACCUGGGCUGGGAUCGGAGACGAACUGGAAAAUAGCAGAGAAAACCAAAUAUAUGUAUUCUUACUCAUAAUCUUGAAAUGGAUAGGGCAGAAGCAA